AUGGAAUGCAAGGUUAAUGAGCAUCUUCAAAUAACAAAAAAGCCAGGCAGACCCCCAUCUGCCUGUGCGUCCGGGGCAACCUUUGGCGUACAAAUAGGCCCUCUAUCCACAUUCUACAAGCCCGAGGGCGUCUGUGACGCUGACUGUGUUCAUCACUUACCUCCGAUGACCUUCAAGCAAGCUGGGGUCUCCAGUGCCGAUGUAUUUUUCUCCACCCCUCGGGAGAAUGACCUGCCCUUGGAUCUGGGUCUUUUAGCGCGCGUAGAGACGAAAAGUUACCGUGUCCUCUCCAGAAGGGGUGUACGCAGCAAAUCCACAAAGCCCCCCUAUUCCUAUAUUGCUCUCAUCACAAUGGCCAUAAUGGAUUCCCCCUCCCGACGACUAACACUCUCUGGAAUCUGUGAAUAUAUCAAUCGUAAGUUCGAGUACUACCGCGAACGCUUUCCAGCCUGGCAAAACUCCAUUCGACACAAUCUCUCCCUAAAUGACUGCUUUGUCAAGGUACCCCGCGAACCCGGAAAUUUGGGUAAGGGCAAUUACUGGACACUGGACCCCAAUUCAUAUAACAUGUUUGAGAAUGGCAGUUUUCUGCGGCGCAAGAAACGCUUUAAACGCAUCCGAAUGCAUGCAGCCUGUCUCCUACACCCACUUCUCUCCAAUGAACUGUUUAAACAGGUUAUGCUACAAGUUCAAAAAGAGAAGUGGCCAGACCUUUUGAAACCACUUAAUAUUUCCUACAUGGGUUUAACUUCUCUCCAUGAGGGAAUCGAAGACGCAAGGACUCCGAGAUCUUACAGUAUUACUGGCGACCUUUCGUUAUCGCUACCCGCCCUCGAGAAGGCUCCCAGUCUGAAAAUGACCCCCGACGGAGAGCUUCUGAAGCAUGAAGAGCAGGCGGAGCGGAGGGGAGAAAGUAAAGCUUCAACUCUUCAACCGCCCCGACCACCACCACCGCAAUGUUUGUGGGCUGGGUUCCCCCCGAUCACAGGGACUUCAGUUUGCGCUGACACAGCAACAGUUGGUUCCUUAGAGCAAAAUCAUUUGACCCAACAGGACAAUCGAAGAGCGGACCGCAGUGGUCAUACAACCUCAGGAACUCGUAGGAUGUCCUUUAGCAUUGAACACAUUUUGGCCGACAAGGAGGGCUAA